CGCGUCGUCUGCUACCUGUUUGUGGAUUUUGUUUGUGAUCUGGGUUCCUUCGUUCAUAUGUUCCUUUUCAUUUACAGCACAUCCCCUUGUAGCGGGCAUGUUCGGGGGAGCGGGAUGAUAUUCGUUACCUGACGAGUUUACGGAAACCAAUUAAAGAAAGACGAAAAGUGUCAAAUGGAACUGACGGAACUGAAGGAAGAAGAAGCUUAUUCGCACGACGGGUUCGCGGGUGCUGUCCUGUCGCCGUUCAAUCCCUAAAUACGCUCCUCUUUAUUCGUUUCCCCGAGGUGCUGUGGCUUUGCUUCCGUCUGAGGAGCAGUCAUCACAAGGACCGCUCGCGCACCGUGCCUUUCACACCGACACCGACUUGGACUCAUCCCUCCAACUACCCCACCCCCGACUUCCCUCUUCCCUCCCCUCCCCUCGAAGCAGACGAAUGCGAAGACCCAAAAGUGCAUUCUGCUGCAGGCUGCAGUGUUGUGUGGCUUUCUGUGCUGGCUGCUGGCGCUACACUGCAGCUUUUCCUCGAUACUUUUCUAGAAACGCGGAGACUGUCGCUUUGAGGUGAGGAGGGAACGUGAGUGCAAACCAGGAAGCCUGUAUUUAUCUUCUUGUCACUUGUCACAGUUGUUGUCAUUACACCUAAGCUCCAAAACAUUGUGCACCUGUGGAGAAAAGGUUGUAAACCAUGGAAGAAGAGCAAGAGGAUGGACAACGAGGUGCAGAUCUAUUGAGCUUAAUGCUCACUCUUUCCGAGCGCGCUGGAAACAUUGCUCGUCGGAUAAGAAAAGAUGACCAUCUCAUAGAGCUCCUCACGCAACAGAAGGGUAGUGAUGAGGCCAAUCCUCGCUUUGUUCAAGAUUUCAAAACAUUGGCAGAUGUUCUAAUUCAAGAAACUGUGCGCCAUUAUAUUGGAGAAAAGUUUCCUGAGCUUGCUCCGCACAUAAAAGGCGAAGAAAGUGCUAAAUUCAGUAACACUCAGGGCGAAAGUGUCACUGUUGAAGUGAAGGAGACUCAAGCCGAAACUGCAGAAAUGCUGUGCAAGGUUCUGGAUGGUGAUGUGUCGGCGUCUGAAAAACUUGCAGAGGAAGUUCAUAAAAUUGUCCACAUUGAUGAUGUAAAUGUUGGAACAGCUCCCAUUCCAUCCCAUUUGCCCUUGCCUGUUCAAAAUAUCGGAAUUUGGAUUGAUCCUAUUGAUUCUACAGCAGAGUACAUUGCAGGCGAUGGGCCAGAUGGAUCAGAUGGACCUUCCUCUGACCCAGAAUUAAUGGUGAAAAGUGGCCUCCAUUGUGUUACCGUGCUAAUUGGUGCUUACGACCGUAGUUCGGGUAUUCCACUCAUGGGAGUAAUAAACCAACCAUUUUAUAUGAAGGAGAACAAUCAGUAUGUGGGAAGAGCUUGUUGGGGUGUAAAGUGGGGCAACACUCGUGCAUUUUCUUCUCCCAUUUGUGACUGUGCCUCUCGAUCGAAGAUCAUUGCAAUCAGUGGCAGUGAAAGCGCGGAUGCAAAGGCCAGUUUGGAAGAGGCAGGGUAUGAACUCUGCCAAGCAGCAGGUGCUGGAUACAAGUUGUUGUGUGUUAUUUUGGGAAUAGCACAGGCAUACAUUCUAACUCGUGACUCAACUUUUAAGUGGGACACAUGUGCUCCUCAUGCUAUUCUUAGAGCACAGGGUGGGGAUAUAUUAGUUCGCAAAGGUCUUGGAAGUACUAAUGAAUGUGUAAAAUAUACCUCUCCUGAUUUUGAUGAAGGAGUCCCUGACCUGAUGGCUCAGUACUGUAAUAGAGGAGGUAUUGUUGCAUAUCGUAGUGUAAAUACCUUACAUAGCAUAACAAGUGCUCUUUCACCUAGUUGAGCUAGGGCCACUUUUUUUUGCCAUUGCAUUCUUUGACAUGGCCAUACUUGUCUUAAAUGAAAUGUUACCAUAUUUUAUGUUAAUAUGUUAAUUUGUUACAUCAGUGAUAACUUUUGCCCAUGGAAUGAGGAUAUAGGAAUUUCCUAUUUAUUUUAUUUAGAGAGUUCUAAUUGCUCUGAAUGUUGAGUUGUUCUAAAGUACUUUAAACCUGGUAGUCUCACUUUAGAAUUAUAGUCUUUCAUUAGAAUUUUAAAGAACUAUCAAAUCAUGUGUACAGCAAAUGUUUUAAUUUUAGACAAAUGAAAUAAUCUUGUUGCUGAAUCUCUGUUACUAUUUGUUUUUUAAAUGUUCAACAUUCCACUCACAUUGCCUCUAUAUUUGUUUUAUUUUUAAAUCAUGAUGGGUAUUUUGUGACUUGUUAUCUUUCAUUCUUCAUAAAAGUCUUUUAACUUGUCUUUACAAAAGAGCCGUCCGUUGGUCUCUGAUCUUUAGGAGUGGUGGGCGUUUUUCUUCUCUGAUGGGGCCCUGAGAAAUCCCAUUCUUGCUAGGUGCCUUCCCAGGAAAGAGAUUUAAAUUUCUACUUUAAAAUGAACCCUUUUAAGUUGGGACAAGAGAUUAUAAUUUACUGCUCAACAACGAUCACUGAAGAAAGUCUCAAAGGGAACAAUGAAUUAUAAGGUGACUCCUAACUCUAUUGUUACUCUAAAUGUGCAUUAAACUGAAAUUUCCGAACCAG